AUGUUCUCUGUAAUUACUACACUUCUUGUUAUUUUAUCAAAUGGAGUGUAUUUACAAUCUUCAGAGACAUUAGUUGAUCCCCUUUGUAUGACUGAUUUAGUUGUAGUCAACAUGAAUUCCUCCUCUGUGAAUGUUCGCGAUUACACCAUUUGUUAUGACAAAAUUCAAGACUAUGAGCACAAAGUCUAUGGCUACGACAUACAGUCUCUUUGUUUUGUCCACCCCGAUUUUUUUAUAGUGAACAAGAGCACUUUAUUUCUUAAUCGUUGUGGGGAAUGGCUUCAAAUAGUUGGUCCGAGUGAGAAUGUUGUUAACUGCAUGAUAGCCGGUUCUGCAGAUAUUUCAACAGAAGGCUCGACCUUUGCGAUAGAGCGCCGGACCAUUGGAGUGUAUUCUUCCUUAUAUAAACGUUUAACUUCCGGUGUAGACAACGUCAACAAUUACUUAACCCAAGUGUCUGUAUUUGAAGUUGCUUUUGACUUAGGAAUCCCCGUUUCCCUCUAUGUGAUUAAUAGAACACAAAGUACUGUAGCAUUCCAAUUUAUUGAUCAUAACAAACCCGCCGAAAAGAUCGGAAUUGAAUAUAAAAACGUCGUCACGUCGUAUCGGAAGAACAUAGACGACACCUUUGUGAUCCCUUUAAUCAACGACUACGUCAACGUCCAGAUGGUUUCCUUCGACGACGAAAAGAUCAGAUUUCUGGCAGUCAAUUUCAGUAAAAUAGAUAUGGCGACUGCCGCAGUCCGAUACGUCGCAGUUAACACUAAGCCGUGUAAGUACAUUGCAGACACUCAAGUCUUUGAUUCAAGUAAAGUCGUGGAAGACAAGUUGAUAUUCCAGAAGUGGCAAGUGUGGACAAUUAAUGAGAAACAAGAAGGUCGAAUGUUCGAGUGGGGGAAUAAUAAUGUCUCUUUCGUUGCCGAAGGAGGCAAUCUGACGUUGUGUUUUGCUUAUGCGAAUGCCUUUAGAAUACAAAAGGACUUCAAAGAGAUGAAAGUCGUAUUUGAUGUAGACGGAGACUAUGAGUUUUUAAUCACACACGUCUUACACGACACGUCACUCACUACAUUAAAUCUGAGUACCAUCUCAUUGAUUCAGGCAAAUUUGCCAACACAAUAUUUGAGAGUCAAUGGAGGGAAAACUAUCGAAAUGAAAAUAGCGUUCAAUUUGAAGACACUGCAAUUUUCUAAUGUAAUUACUAUAACACAGAAAUUCAGUAAAGGCGCUCAUGUCGUUCUUAAAAACUCGGAUAAAUGCAACUCAACUUCUUUGGAUUGUUUGUUCACAGAGUGUUCAAUUACUAAUGAAUCAUAUUAUACUGGACCAUCUCCUUUUCUUAAAGGUUGCGAACCAUUCUGUGGCGUUUGUAGAGAUGGAUUUGUGUGUUCAUCACAAGGAUUUUGUAUAAAAGAACCAUCAAAUAAUAAUAGGGAUGGUGGGAGUAUUGUUACAAUAAUCGUUUUCAUAUUUGUGCUGAUUGUAGUGUUAUAA